UGAAACUGAAAUGAGUAAUGUACUCGAACAAUUAAAGGAAGAAUGGAUUUCACGUCACGAAAAUGGGAAAGACUUUUUACAAUAUUUUCUGGAACAUAAACUUGAACUUAUAAGAAAUUGUAUGAGCGCAGAAGUAAGAACAAGAUGUGGACUCGGUUUUCCUCCAAAACCAUAUACACAAAAUGGGAAUGAAUGCAUCAACUCUGUCAUAAAAGCCGAUAUUUUUAGUAAGAAUAAAGGAAAAGAAAAGAAACUAGAUCCUUAUGACUUUGUCAAACUGGCAGAGAAGUGUGUUAGGCGACAAGAAAAUGAAAUCAAACUUGCUCUGAUAGGCAAAGGGGAAUAUAAAUUAAAAGCGGAAUACAGACACCUGCAAACAGAUGAGACUUUGUAUUGGAAGAAGUCAGCACAGCAAAGAGAAGCACUAUUUAAACGUUUCCAAAAUGAACCUCUUAAAGAAGAAGAUAAAGAGAGAGAUAACACCCCAAGCUGGUUUUCUCAAUCCGAGUCCAUGAGCUGCAUACCAGGCCUUCCCUCUCGGGUCUCUGAAGAUAUUAUACAGGAAGCUGAUAGGUUAAUUACAACAAAACACAGUAUUGUUCCUUUGCCUGGUGAUACAGAGGGGAAGAUCUACCUUGCUGCUAACAAAGAAAAAUCAUCGGAUCCUUUUAAGUUAAAAUUCUAUCCGAAUUCUGCAUCAGUGUCUUGUGAAAAGAGGUGUUCUCGAUGGAGUGCAUUCCAAGUCUGUGAACACACUAUUAGUGUAGCCCAAUAUCUAGGUGUAUUAAAAGAAUAUUUAACAAAACUUUCCAAAACAAGAGCACGAAAAGGAGUUAGUUGUAAUUUAUAUCAGUUAGCCAGUACAAAUAUGCCAGCAUGUCGUGGUAGAAAAGCAAAUGCUGCGACCCAAAAAAGGAAAGGAAAAAUUAGCAAAACUUCUAAGAACACUCUAUUCUAUGCAGAUUCCAAUGAAUCGGAUAUUGAUAAAACAAAUAGAAUUUCACAUUGUCAGCCAUUUCACUUGACCUUCCUUGCAGGAUUGAUAAGAGUGUGUUAUGGAUGUGGCCAAGAUUUUAAACAGGCAAACAGGCAACCUCCACAUGACCUUAUUUUAAAACGGUUUGACCACAGAAUCUAUACUAGCCCCCGGACAAAACUGAAAAGGAAAUCAUUUAAUUUGCAAAAUACAUAUUUCCAUCUGAAUGCAGAAUGUGCAAGAAAAAUAUGUCCUGAAUUUGAAAUGAAAGAUGUUAUAAUACAUGAUGAAAUAAAAUGUCAAUUAACUUCAGAUCAUUUGAAGCUACUAAAUGAAAAUGGUAUUUACCUUGGUAAUUAAAUAAUUACUGCAUGUGAUGAGAUGCAAUGAGAAAAAGAAUUAAGAGAUGAGCUCUUCAACUACUCAUAAAACAAACUGCUGUUAUUAUUAUUUUUUUUAAUGUUUUUUGUUUUGUUUUUUGUAUAUUUUAUAUGUUUAUUUACAACUAUGUAUAAACUUAUUGUUAUUAUUAUUGCUUUUUUAAUUUGAAUUAUAUUGCAUAGAGAUUAGAAUUACUAUGCGCAAAUAAAAAAGUAAUUUAAAAACUGAUUUUCAUGUUUUAAUUUAUGAUCAUAGGAGGGUAUAAAGACAUGUUGAUGCUACAACAUGUACAACCCCUGUCAUUUUUAUCAAAAACUUGUUUUGGAGAAAACUGCAUUUUUUAAACGAAGGAAAAAUAGAUGUGAAAAGGAAAAACUGUUUUUAUGAGUGAAAUUAAUACCAAUGACCCUGUUUUAAGGACCAGCUAUGCAGGGAUUUGAUGCAGCCACUGCUUGUCCCACAUAUUCAGUUUAUCUGAGAAUCUGUCAGGAGUUAUUUAUACAAGAGCAGGCAGUGUUUCACGAUUAUAACAGACCCAUUCAUUCACAUCAGCAUGUUAUCAUGAAAGUACAAUAAUUUUAGGAAAUCCUUUUUUGAGGAAAAAGAGUAACUUGGAGUUGACCAGUUCACCUGUUUAAAAGAGAAUUAACUUAUAAAUAUAACAUCAGUCCUGUGAUUUAGGUAAUAGAUAUUUUGUGAUCUUCACCGGACUUGUUCAAACAAUCACCAUCUUAAUUAAAUGAAUAUUUGUAAUUAUCUCAACUCUAACGACAUAAGCGUUUACAAUGUCUUUCAUAAUUAUAGAUUUGCUUAUGGAUAGCUCUGGUUGAUGUUACAGGGUAAUUUAAUCAUUUGUGAAUGAUGCCAUUAUCCAAAUUGAUAAAAAAAACUGCACACCACUAGUUUACUUCAAUAAUAUUUUUUUAACUACAGAAUUAUAGACCAUAACGUUCAAAGGUACACACAACUGUCACCUCCAAUUGCAGCAUUCAUUUGAUGUAAU